AUGGGUGAAAGUUACUUCUGUUGUGAAGAGUGGUAUCCGACUGCCGAAUGGUUGGACCACAUUGAACUUGAUCAUGACAAUUCUGAAACUUUACCCUGCCCUGUCUGUGGACUUGAGAUGACAGUGCUUAAAAUUCGACCUCAUGUUUACGGUGAACAUCUUGUUUGUUGUCCACAUGCUGGAUGUUUCUUUUGCUCAGAGUCCUUCGACGUUGUUGAAGACCAUAUUGUGAGAACUCAUAGUAAGCUGUCUUCCUCUUUGCAACAGGCAGAUGAUACUUCUCAACGCAUUGCAACCCUCUUGAAGUCUGAUAAUAGAGUUCAGAACGUCUGGCUAGCAAAAUAUUUGGUUUUGCACAAGGUUGGUCGUGAAGAUGAAGGAUUUGGUUGUGGAUUUCGUAAUAUACAAAAUAUUGUAGCCAGCUUAGUUUAUGAACCGGAAUUCAGGAGAGCAUGUGGGUUUCAUUGCACCCCAAAUAUAUCGCAGAUCCAAGCUGAUAUAGAAAGUGCUUGGGCAGCCGGUUUUGAUCCGGCUGGUGCUGCUCAACUUGAUGGUCGGUUACUUGGAACCACAAAGUGGAUUGGUGCUACAGAAGCUGCGAUUUUUCUCCAGUACCAUAGUGUAAGGAUUCAACUAGUCGACAUAAAAUUAUAUCCCAGUAAGUGUGACGGUCAAAGGCGCCUUUCGACCUGGGUGGAAGAGUAUUUUCGGUCAUCGGAUCCAGCGUUUCCAUUAUUUUUCCAGCAUGAAGGCCACAGCCGGACUAUAAUCGGAGUUGAAAAAACUGCUGCAGGCUGUAACUUGCUUAUUUACGAUCCAGCUGUAGAUCCCGAGAAGAUCACUUUGGCUUUGGAGUCGUUUAAUUUGGAGGCUCUCUCUUUCCUUCGCUUCCCACCGUCAUCGUUGGAUCGUCGUGAAUACCAAAUAGUAGCAGUUCGAGGUGUUCUUCCAGUUCCUUACUACGAAACUGCUAAGAAUUUUACCUCAUUUAACCAUGUUGACCUGUGA